CAACAAUGUCUACAGUUGAGACUUUGAGACAGUUUGUCAGCGAGCGACUGACUGCUGCUGCUGAAGAAAUAUUCGGAGUUUUGGAGAAAACUCUCGUCGUGUACGAGGACGAGAUCGAUCGUCAGCGCAAACUGCUGGAUAUCUUCUGGAAACCCCAAAUAAAGUUACACAGGAUAGAGCUCCAACAGCAGCAUGUCAGUAAGGAAGAGGAUGGUCUCGCCGACCAGCCGCUCAUUAUUCAGGAGAGGAACUCUGGUCCGGACCAAGAAGAUCCAGAUCCUCCACAGAACAAAGGGGAACAGCAGGAACUCUGCACCAGUCAGGAGGGAGAGCAGCUUGUCCUGAAGCAGGAGACUGAUGCCCUUAUGUUGACUCCUACUCCUGAGGAAAGUGAACACGGUGAAGCUCAGACUGUGAACUUUAGUAUCGAUGAAACUCAGAGUGCGGUGGAGGAGAUGUCUGCUGAGAGCCAAGAUCAGAACGGAGGCCAGCAUCUGGACUCAGGAUCUGCUAGAAGUACAGAGCCACCACUAAAGAGGAGACUUCACAAAAACAGAAGUCACAGUAACAAUGUAAAUAAUGCUGACAUGUCAAAGAUUCACCGUAGAACUCAGACAGACUUCCAACAACAGCAUGUCUGGAAGGAAGAGGAUGAUCUCGCCGACCAGCAGCUCAGUAUUCAGGAGAGGAACUCUGGUCCAGACCAAGAAGAUCCAGAUCCUCCACAGAUCAAAGGGGAACAGCAGGAACUCUGCACCGGUCAGGAGGGAGAGCAGCUUGUCCUUAAGCAGGAGACUGAUGCCCUUAUGUUGACUCCUACUCCUGAAGAAAGUGACCAUGGUGAAGCUCAGAGUGUGAACUUUAGUAUCGAUGAAACUCAGAGUGCGGUGGAGGAGAUGUCUGCUGAGAGCCAAGAUCAGAACGGAGGCCAGCAUCGGGACUCAGGAUCAGCUAGAAGUACAGAGCCACCACUAAAGAGGAGACUUCACAAAAACAGAAGUGACAGUAACAAUGUAAACCAUGCUGACAUGUCAGAGAUUCUCCGUAGAACUCAGACAGGUAAAAAGCUUAUUGAAUGUGACACAUGUGGGAAAUGUUUUAAGUUUAACUAUUUAUUGAAGUUACACACAAGAGUCCACACAGGUGAGAGGCCAUAUUCUUGCGAAACAUGUGGCAAAAGAUUUUUUGAGCCAAAAAAACUGACCCGUCAUAUAAGAACCCACACAGGUGAGAAACCGAACCUUUGCAACACGUGCGGGAAAAGAUUUAGUGAGCCAUCAAUACUGAUCAGUCAUUUAAGAACCCACACAGAUGAGAGGCCAUAUCCUUGCGAAACAUGCGGCAAAGUUUUCAGAAGAAAUGCACACUUGACAGUCCACAUGAGGUCCCACACAGGUGAGAAGCCGCACAUGUGUAAAACAUGCGGGAAAGGUUUCAGGCGUAAAGAUGUAUUGACACUCCACAUGAGGUCCCACACAGGUGAGAAGCCGUACCUUUGCAAAACUUGCAGGAAAAGAUUUAGUGGACUAACAGCACUCACCCUUCAUAUGAGAACCCACACAGGUGAGAAGCCGUACCUUUGCGAGACAUGCGGGAAAAGAUUUAGUGGGCCAACAGCACUCACCCGUCAUAUAAAAACCCACACAGGUGAGAAGCCGUACACGUGUAAAACAUGCAGCAAAGAUUUUAGACAAAAAGAACAACUGAAAGCCCACAUGAGAACCCACACAGGUGAGAAGCCGUAUUUUUGCAAAACAUGUUGCAAAAGUUUCACAGUUGACUCUCAGUUGAAAGUCCACAUGAGAAGAGACCACAUUGAUGAGAAGCAGCACAUAACUCAUAAUUAAAGUUCUUGUAGAAAUGUUCUUUUUUCUCAAAUCCCAUUCUUGAAAAAUUGAUUGUGCUGAAACUCAUGUUUUGCAAUAGCUCCAUCAAACAUGAGAUGUCAGCAUCUUUUUGUAAUGUUUUCCUUUUCAUGACAUUGUCACCUCCAUGUCUGUUUUCAAACAGUGUUUCUUUAAACGAACCAUAGUCUCCUAAAUCAAGGAAAACAUUAGUUUCACAGUGAGUGCACAGGUGUGGCUGUUACAGUCAUGAUUUGAUCUGGAUGGUUGUUGUUUCUGCCAAAUUUCCAUUUACAAUGUUGAAAUUACUUUUUAUUUAAAGUUGAACAGGACGACUUUAAAUCCAUGUUCUUCACAUAAUAUUUAAAAGUUAUGUAUAAAGCCAAAACUUCAGAUUUCACCUUAUAAACCUGGCAUCACUACUUUAUUUUUAUUUUUUUAUAAGACAUCUUGUGAAAUGUGAAAAGUGACUUCUUUUUGCUAUUUUAAUAAAUUAUCCCAUUUAUGUGCCCGACCAAAAUUGUGGCAUUUUUAUCUCUUUAAAUGACAAUUCUUUGACCAUCAAGUUGUUCCCCAUGGUGGGACUAAUAAAUGAAAAUCAUAAAAACA